AUGCCGCGAAGGGCCUCACCAGAAGGGUCCGUCACGCUUCGACACCACCGCCUUGCCAGAGAUGCCUCCAUGAGGCCCGAGACGGGUAGCAAUGCCGUCUCGGGAAGCUCACCUAGGAGGAACUCUUCCGGCGAGAGCCAUGUCACGGGUCAAAGCGAUCCUAAACGAUGGUUUGAUCUUUCAAACAAAAAUGCUCCUGCGGCAUUUGACCAUGCGACAAUGGAUGUCGAUCCUCCCUUUUAUCAGAAACAGUCCGAUUCUUCAAAUGAAGAGAUGAUACCGCCAGCUCGUGAAAGCGCAUAUCAUCAUAUUCCUACGGCGCUCCAAUCUCAAAAUUUCAGCAGGCCGACCAUGGCACAAAGUAGCAGUGCCGAAGAUUACAGGAGCGUGAUCGAUGACCUUACGAUCGAGAACAAGCGGCUGAAGGAUGAACUGAAAAGAUACAGGCAAUUUGGACCCGAGCUACUCCGCAAAGACAGGCUCUUCGAAAUCAAAGUGCACGGUCUGGCAGGGAGCAAGAAGAGAGAGCUUGAGUCGACGUUACGCGAUUUUGCUGCGAGCUUGGAAGGAUCUCCGGCGGCAUCUUUACAGCGGAAGAAGAGUUCGAAGCACGCCAACCGGCUCCAGGGAUCAAGUUCAAAUUCCAAGCACGCCUCCUCGUCGUCAUCACACUCGCGGCCCGUGGAUUCCGCCUACGCGUCCAUGUCGACAGGACGGAGUUCAACUGGGCCGAAUGUCAACUCGAUCUCUCUCAGGCCGUCGCUCGGCCGGACAAAGUCAUCCACUGACCACAAAGUGGAGACCUACCUUAAGGAAAUUCCGGAAGGGUUAUUCCCACGGCCGGUCGCCAUGACUGACAAGGAGAAGAAAAAGCUGGUUGUGCGCAGGCUUGAACAGCUUUUUACGGGCAGAAUGCCCGGGAAGCAUAGGUUUUCCCGCAACAAGUCCUUGCUGUCGGUUCCGGAGCCCAGUGUUGCUCCCGCGCCGCCGCAAGACGGCGAGCCGUGCAGGGAAGCUCGCAUAGAACCGGGGAAAAUGACCUCGACAGAAAACCUAUCGGCAUCAAACUCAAACGGCGAGAACGACACCGGAGGAGACCGCACGGGCAGUGGAAGUGGUAGUAACGAACACAGCGGCCAAUUUGCCUCGCCACAGACCGGCGAGCUUGCGGAGCAGAGGGCUACGAGACCUCGAGACUUGGAUCCUGAUCGGGUUCAGGUCCCGUCGGAGAACAUGCAGUACAUUCGGCACCUGGGUGUUACGGCUCCGAAAGACAUUGGGGAGACCAGAUUCAGGCCACAGGAUGUGUCUAUUGAUGCAGAUGGUUGGAUCCAUCUCAACCUCUUGUGCAAUCUGGCGCAACUGCACAUCCUUAACGUGACCCCUAGCUACAUCCGAUCGGCUAUUAAUGAGAGGUCUGCUAAGUUUCAACUCUCACGGGAUGGCCGAAAGAUCCGUUGGCGCGGCGGAGUCGAAGGGACAAAAUUCAGCAGUGACAGCAGUGGAAACAGUUCACAGAGGAGCCCCGAGACGGACGGCACGGACGGCUCAAACGAGGAUGGGCAGCGGAAGAGACAGAGGAAGAGCGAGCAUGCUUCAGACCCAUCAACCCAGAGUCAAAAUCAGACGAAGCUGGAGCCUCAGAACUCCGUGUCGUCAGAAGGCUUCCACUACAAGCCUCUGUUCCUACACAAUCGUUCAUCGUCUGCGGAAACCUCCAUGGAUGAGACGGGCUCACAGGCAUCUUUCGGAGCUAUCGAGAACAGCAACAUGAACUCCCGGUCAACAGGGUUUGUCAGUGGAUCGGGAUCGUCGCCCAGGAAGAAGCGCCGCAACGACGGCGCCAUCAUCUACUACAAUGGCGCACCAUUCUGUACCGAUCUCUCGGGCGACCCAGGAGAUGUGUCGCCCGCUACAUAUUUGGCAUCCUCGAGUCAAGACCAUGCCUCGAAGAAUGUUGGAGCACAGUCCCCUGGCCUGAACCGCACCUUGUCUGGCUCAUCUCUCCCAUUUCGACCACUUGUCGACAGCCCUGAGCAAACGGACGUCGACAUGGAUCAAGAGCCCGAGCUUAUCAACGACGAUGGAGAGCUGUCGGAGAGCGAGGCCGGGUUCGAGUUUCCCUGGUGCGAUAAUCCUGAGACCCCCCAGCUGAAGCCGCUCGAGCCACAGUUGGAGCCAUGUGGGCUUGGUGGGGUGACCCCGGAAGACCAUUUUGCCAUACUUGUCGUGACCCAACAACCCAUUAAAAGCUCAGGGCGGGCUCAGCGUCACCUCGUUCGCCUUGGCUCAAAUGAGACAGCCGAGUCGAUUUCAAGCAGAAUUGCGUCCUUGGCCGACACUUCAGCGCAUCCGUCACGCCGACGUCCCAAUCCACCGUCUCACAUCCCGGCGCAAGUUGUUGCUCAGCGGUAUAAGGGUCUCAAGCCUUUGCCUCUACCUCCGCCCGCAAUGUUUUACCCACCAUUUACCGAGACCACCGAGUCAGAAGACUCGGGCUUUGAGGACGGUUCUGCCGACGAGGAUGACGACUCAGAUGUGCACAUGGGUGGCUUCGAGGCCAUCUCUCAGCGAGUAAACCCAAAACAAUCCGACCAGGACUUUCUCACAAGAGGAGCCCCCGGCUCUGACGAUGACGAUGUUCGCAGUCUGGACGUCAAGAUUGCUCCCAAGGCGUCGUUCGGUCCCGGAGUCCGCAAGAUGUCACACGGCUCUAGCCGGCCCGGCCGAAGCCUGAUUCAAGGCAUCGAUGUGCACCCCGACAGUUCCGGCGCCACGGCAGGAGGGGAAGCGAGUGGCUACAGCAGUAGCGAGGAGGAUGACUAG